AUGUUUACCUUUCAGAACUUUGAUGAAGUCUUUGACUUUGAUCCAGAUUGUUCCUAUGAUGAAUAUGCUGUGCGGGAAAUUGAGAACAAUCGUAAGAAGCUUGAAGGGCUGUUCGUGGAUACUUUACUGAAGAAUUUUGAAAUUCGUCGACCUGCUAAGUAUUAUCCUCCGAAAACAAAUAAUGAACUCAGAAAUCUACACAAAGUCAUCAUCGACUCAGCAGGCGAGGCCCAUCACAAAUUAUCAGCUCUAUAUUAUAUAUUGCUCGACUUCGACGCUCCAACCGGACGAAGAGAUUACUCCACAACAUUCGAACAAAAGUCGUUCUUACCUGAGAGUUACAAAAUUUAUAUGAAGGGUCUCUGGCAUUUGGAUCGUCUCGAUUUUGAGUUGGCACUUCAAUAUCUGGCCUAUCCAUCCUUGAUACCGAGUUUUGCGGAUGAAAUAUUAGAGGCCCUGGUAUUACAUUCCUCGGAAGAUCUAGCUAUCCCGUUGGCAUACUAUCAUACUGUGCAGCCAGCCUUGACCUCAUCCAAAGCAACAGAGAGUUUGUUUUCUGCCAUCGCAAGAAUCAGUGUCACAGAAGCCUUCUACUUCUCACGAGGACAGUCGCAAUAUAUGCAAAGACACAUGUUCGAGUUACUCAUUGCAGUUGUUCUCAAGAACUCUCCUCCAGAAACCAUUGCGGAUCGCAGUAUCGAGCUGAUAAAUCUGCCAUUCUCACCAGAAGAAGAAUCUUGGUUCGAGGACUACUUGCUUCGCGGAGAAGGAAGAGCAAUAAGAAAGGGCCGGGAUACAAUCAUGAUGCGACGAAUUGGUACUGGAAAAUUCUCGGAGACCUUAUCACUGAAAGGCAUCGGCGGCAGAUCAAUUGGAGGGUUGGAUUGGGAGCGCUCGUGCCCAUCCAAGGACUCAUUCCUAACAUAUUGUCGUCGAAGACGUAUAAACAAUGGCAGUGUAUUCGAACACUCCGACCAGAAUGCCAAUUACAAUAAGAACGGCUUCAACAAUCGAUAUGCUCCUCUUCAGAAUCAAACUUCCAACCAAUCCAAUUCUCGGAACUAUAAUACACAACGAGGAGGAAAUGAAGCGCAUGUACCUUUUAGUCUCGAUAAAGCAAGUAUAAAGCAAGACCUCUCGACCGACAGACCGCAAUGGAUUCUUUCGGCGUACGGACCUGGGCGUCAUGCGCCAGAGCAGUUGUUCGGUGGACCAGCGCGAGAACAAAGUUUUGAGGAAAUGCGGCUUAUCCACUACAUUGCGGCAGCUUCUGGUAAUGUUCAGCCUGUUAUACAAGAUGCAGAGAGGUUAUGGCAAGAAGCAGAGCAACAAAUACAAAAUGCACUGAAUGACGUGGAUGGCGCCAUAAAUUAUAUUAUCGCCGCCGAUAAUAAACAUCCUAAUAGAAAUGAUUAUUGUCAGCAGAACACCUCCACAGAUCAAACGCCUUGGGUUCAGCGCAACGAUCAGCCUGCUGGAAAUAGUGCUUUUGGUGCACCCAGUCAAACAUUGACAUCAACAUUUGGGCAACCGUCUACUCAAAGCAGUUCUGCAUUUGCACAACCUAUUCAGAAUGUUACAGCCUUUGGACAGCCUUCAAAUCAAAACUCGAGUGCAUUUGGUGGAACUGCUCAAGGCUUCGGAGCUGUGCAGCAAGGUGGAGCAUCGGGUGGUUUUGGUCAGCCAUCAGCUUUGGGCCAAAAGCCCAGUGUUUUUGGUAGUGCUUUUGGGCAGCCCUCACAAUUAGAGCAAGGAGGAGGGGCUUUUGGAAACCCAUCAGCCACGGGGCCGAAAGCAAAUCCAUUUGGUGCACCCUCAAACAGCGGUAUGAAUUGUGAACAGUCAGGUUUCUCUAACUUUGGUGGUACUAGCAAUGCGUUCGGUCAACCCAAUCCAAACCCCUUAGGUAAUGCUUUUAGUUCCGAUACUCUCCGUCCCGGAACUCAGCAAUCACAGAUCAAUCCAAUGUCACAGGACAACAACCCAUUAGCACCUGUUAACUCUUUCGGCCAACCUGCUCUAUCAAACCCAUUUGGCGCUAAUAGCGGAAAUAAUCAAGCAUUCGGUGCUCCGCCGGCGUCGACAAAUCCUUUUGGAGCUCCAAGUCCGCAGCCAACAAAUGUCAUGCAAAAUCAAUUUACAAAUCCUGGAUCACAGACACAGCAGUUUGGAAACAAUCAAAACUUCGAAAAUUUGAACAUGAUCGCUGGCGUUCCCUCUGCGCGGAGGGGCUCCAAUAUGAACACCUUUAGCCCGAAUUUUCGACCACCACCAAAUGCCAAUAUAGUACAGCAUCCUCCACCCGAGAGCUAUAUUAGAACGGGCCAGGGUGGAAGAUUGGAGUUUUUCAACGGACGACCAGUCAUGUAUAAGGAUGGAGAACCAGGGACUAACAUUAACGGCAAGUGGCACAAGAUAUGGUGUCCAAAAGGGUAUACAGGGCCAAACAAAACUACGGAAAUUGAGAACGCGGUUUUUGAUGAACAAACAACUGCUGCCUACUUAGGGGCCAGGCAAACUGGAACGUUCCCAGGAGGUGUUAUGCCUUUGAUACCACCCAAAAGGGAAUGGUGCUUGUUUAACUUUUGA